UGAAAGACGGAGGGGGAGGGCUGUUUGUGUGUGAGAGCGUGUGUGUGUGUGUGUGUGUCUUAGAAAUGAGAGAGAAGAGUACUGAGCUGGGAGAAAUCUGUCAGAAUCAAACACGCUCCACUCUGAGCACGCCUGCCAGUGUGUGUGUGUGUGUGUGUGAGUCUGCGUGAUACACAAGAAACGAGGGAUGAGAAGAGAAGAGCAGAGAAACAGAUAGAAAGAGGCAUAGGAGGACCACAAAGUAAGCACAUUCACCUAUGGAUCAGGGACCCCUGAAUUCCAUGGACAAUUCGACCCAGUCGGCAUCCCUGCUGAGAACCGUCUAUCGACCCUGAUGCUGAUGCUCCUCUUGCAGCUGAAGAGCAAGAAGGCAAAAAAGGGAGGGAGGGGAGUCAGCGGUGAAGGGCCGCAUACUACAGAUCUCCAACAGAAGCUGAGGUUGAGAAGGUUAAGGAGCAAGGGCUUUGGGUGGGAAGAUCAAGGGUCAAAAGAUCAACGAUGAUGACUUCACAUGGAAAACUGAGGAGGGAGAAGGGCAGCCUGGCAGAGUAUGAAUCUCAAAUGAAGGACUUGCGGACCCAGUUGACAGACCAGAUAAAGAUUUUAGACUCCCAGGUUGAGGUGAAACAGCAGCAGCUCUCAGACCUUUCAGAGUUUCUCCGGCGUCGGGGCGACAUCGAGACUGAAUAUGCAAGAGCCCUUGACAAACUAACCGAGAGGUUCACUCACAAGACUAAAAAGAAGGAGCAGUGGGGUCAGUCUGUUUGUCAGGUUUGGUCCGUUUUGCUGACUCAGACCCGUCUGGAGAGCCGGGAACACGCAGCGCUGGGGGACACCUGCUUCAACACGCUCACACAGAGCCUGACACACAGCACCGAGGACACACACCGCCUGCACAAAAAGAGCAAAGAGGUGGGAAUCCAGAUGCAGGAGGAGCUGCUAAAGGUCACUACUGAAUUGCAAACGGCUCUGAAGACCUACAACCAGUACCACACAGACUGCCUGACAGCUGAGGGGAAACUGAAAGAAGCAGAGCGGCUGGAAGAAAGGCACACUGGCAAGUCGGCCGAGCUCGGGCCUGGCCAAUUGGCAGGACAGAGGCGAAGCUCUGUCAAAAAGAUGGAACGAUUGAUGGAGAAGAGGCAUGGAAGAGUGCAGGAGACCCAGCUGCAGUGCACAAAGGCUCGAAAUGACUACCUGUUGAACCUAGCUGCAGCAAAUGCAGCCAUGAACAAGUACUACCUGCAGGAUGUCAGCACUCUCAUCGACUGCUGUGACCUUGGUUUUCAUCUGUCCGUGGAGAGAGUGAUGAAGUGCUACCUGACCAGUAGGUGGCGCAUUCAGAAGACAGAGGAGACGGGGCUGAAGCAGUUGGAAACUGCUGUGACGUCCCUGGACCAGAGUGGAGACAGGGAUGCGUUGCUACAGCAACAUGAUGCUGCCUUCUGUCUCCCAUUCAGAUUCAACUAUCACCCACAUGAGGGAGACCAGGUGUGCGAGGUGAGUGCGGAGAGCCAGGUGCGGUACGAGCUUGAGACCAGGUUCCAGCAGCUUCAGUCUCGACUCGCUGCUGUCACCUUGGAAACAGAUGAGAUUAGUAAAACGCUUAAAGCCACACUUACUGCCCUGUUGGACUCCAUGUGCGACGGCGAGUGCAACCCCUCCCCCGACGUGUCCACCAGCCUAUCACACGAGCCCCCUGGAGGAAGCACUGUCCCAAAACUUACCCUUGCCAAGCGUCGGGCCAAUCAGCAGGAGACAGAGACUUACUACUUCACAAAAGUAAAGGAGUUCCUCAACAGCAGCUCUCUGGCCUCCAAACUUCAAGCCAAACAUGAUCUUCUACAAGAUGCCAUACAAAAAGCGGAGGCCGUCGACAGCGACCCUUCCAGAAUGCAAUGUACUACUCGGUCAGUCCGUGUUCGGAAGUCCAGGCCAGUUUCCCAAUUCUGCCACACACUCUUCACCACAGACAUACUCUCCUACAUAGAGAGCUCUGGACAGCAGAUUCCUGUGGUGGUUGAGAGCUGCAUUCGUUUCAUAAACCUCCACGGCCUCCACCAUGAAGGAAUUUUCCGAGUUCCUGGCUCACAGAGGGAGGUAAACCUCAUCAGAGAUUCGUUUGAAAGAGGAGAGGAUCCUCUGUCAGACAGUGAGUGUGACCUGGACUCCGUGGCCGGUGUGCUGAAGCUGUAUUUCAGGGGGCUUGAGCCUCCUCUGUUCCCGUACGAGAGCUACUCUCCGCUGCUGGAGUGUGUCCAAAUCGAAGAGGAGACCGAGAAAGCGGCCCAGAUUAAGGCCGUCGUUUCCACUUUCCCGCGGCCUCUCCUUGUCGUGAUGCGAUAUCUUUUCGCUUUUCUCAACCACGUGUCUCAGUACAGCGAUGAGAACAUGAUGCAGCCCUACAACUUGGCUGUUUGCUUCGGUCCGAGCCUCCUGAGGGGAAUGGAUUCUGAUGACGCCGUUGCUAGGCAGCCGCAGAUCAAUGACCUUGUUAAAACCAUGAUCCUUCAGCAUGACAUCAUCUUCCCUGGCCAAUCCGAACUUCCAGGUCCGGUCUAUGAGAAGCACAUGACACUGGAGCAGGAGUACUGUGAGCCAAUUACAGAGGAGGGAGACGGAGAGACUGAGCAUCUGCCCAAUGAGGAUGAGUGGGAGGCAGUAGCAUUGUUCGACUAUAUGGCCAGAUCUCCAGCAGAGCUUUCCUUCAAGCAGGGAGAUCCUAUUAUUCUUCACAGCAAGGCCUCUUGUGACUGGUGGAGAGGCGAAGUUGGAGGGGUUAAGGGUCUAGUCCCUCACAAGUACAUCAGUAUACUGGAAGGGUCAGAGCGAGGGAAAAGAGAUGAAGGUAGAGUAGGUGGAGGCAGCACUGGAAACCUAACGGCAGAAGAUCCACUCACAGAAAACACAACAAGGAUGCGGGUAAACAGUGAUAGUGCUUCGUUGCCAGGGAGACAGAGAGGAAGUGAGGGGAGCCCAAGUCGAAAGCCACAAGCUUCCCUUGCCACAAGACAACAAAUACCAGUGUCUCAGGAGCGAAGACACACUUUGGACACUGUAAGACAAGGCAGCUGCAGAAUCCCAGACAAACCACCAUUUGCCCAAGCAGAAAGACCAACAAUUGACAAGGAUAUAAUCAGCCGUCAGAUGAACUCUGUGUUUAGGGAGCUCCUGUCCCGUCAGCCUCCCGUGCAGUCGUCCACCUUCCCUGCCCCUGUCUCCACGGCUGCUUCUUCCUCCUCGUCUUCCUCGAUUGCUCAAGCUGCCACCUCAGCUAAAAAAGGAUUUGGUCUUAGAAGGACCGGCCCUUUUCAGUCUGGUGGACUGAGAUGAAGCAAGGAGAACAGAGGAAUAAUUAGUUCAUUGUUUGGCAGUCAAGGUCAUUUAGCUGAUGCCAAUCAGGCGUCUGGUGAAGAUCAUGAUUUUUUUUCUUUUUCUGUUUUAUGGACAAGUGUACAAUAAUUGCGUGUGCCAUCUCAUAGUGCCACUAGUCUUGGUGCCGUGUAGGUGUAUGUCCAGUGUGUCUGUUUUUCAACUGCUUUUGUUCUGCUUUGUUUUGCUCUCCAGGCUUUUGCACCUUUUUGGAGAAUCAGGGAUGUGGCUUCACCAGUAAUAUCACCAGAAAAACUGCUUAGUAUGGUACCGAGUGUACAUAAACAAGAAAAUACUUAAGCUGCCCCCUAGUGGCAGGUCUGAGAUCAGCUCACCCUUGCUCUUGAAAACUGAUCUGGGUCCUGUGCCUAGGAGUGCCUUCACGUCUAUUUUGACGUUUUUUUCACUUGAAAACACCAGAUAAGUUUAGACUUUAUGUAUGAAGUUAAAAUGUGUACCGGGUAAGAUGUCAAGGGGCCCAAAAGAAUUAUCAAAAAAACUACAAAAUAACAGAAGUCAUUUAAACCUCAACCAUUAUAGUAAAAAAGCAUUAUCACUUUUUAAUAAUACAUUAGUGUUUACUUUUUUUCCAAAACUAAUUUAAAAUGACUAUUAGUUCUUCAUGACUUAUUGCUGGUAAGCCACUGGACUCAUUUUAUUACAUCACUUAGGUUUUAAAUGAUGCCUUCAAAUGGAGCCAUGCUUGUAGUAUUUUCAAGUCCUUUUACUUCUACACACUGUUUUUCAUGAGCAUAAAAAACAUAAAAUAUGUUUAGGAAGAAGUUAUAAAGAGUUUUGUUUGAAACAUCAGAUUUAUACUUUUCAUUUUUUCUUUAGGUAGUCAUGUGAACAGAUUGAGGCAUAAAUCAGGUAAUAAGGAUGGGACCUUACAAAUGAGGAAAUGAGAAGUUAUGCUUGUUUCACAGCUAUUGAAAACCCCUCUACAGAAUCUAAUCUAAGGAGAAUUUUCACCUGAAGCUUAUAUCAAGCUAUGAAAACAACCCCUUUAUGUGAGUUUCUGCUCCUUUUAUUGUAAAAUGUUAUCCAGCUCAAUGUCUGGAGUCAAAUUUGCAUGUUAUGAUUGUGAACCUGUAAGUUUUGUAUUAAGGCAAGUUAAACAUUGUCAUUAAAAACCAAAACUGUUAAUAAAUUGAUUGGAUUUGUCAAUAACUACAGAAGACAGGCACAGGAAGUAAUAUACCUUUUCUUUGAAAUGGUGCUGCACAGUUAACAGCCAACGGUUUUUGACUGUCAAACUCGCUAGGCUGGUUUGCAUUAAAUCAUAUUUAAUGAUAAACCGAAGAGUAGAAUCAGCAGUACUAACUAGGCUAUUUGGCUUUAGUAUAACAGAUAAACUUAAUUGUUUUUUUUAAGAGCAUUUUUAGAAUCAUCCAAUGCAAAAAGUAGCCAGUUAGCUAUAGCUACUUUUCUGUUAGCGCAGUAUCUUUAUGUGAUUGCGGUGCAGUAACUCUUGCUUUACAUUCAAGUUUGGUAUCUGACAGACUUUUUUUUUGCAACAUUACUUGGGUUAAGUAAAUCAAUUGGUAAUAUUUUAUCACUGUUGCUAACAGCAGAUAAAAAUGUUGUAAGCAACUGUUUGGUUUGCUAAAUUAGGAAGGUAACACUGGGGCUUGACAACACAGCCGUCAUUUAAUGUCAAAUAUAUAGUGCAUCACAAAUGAUUAAUUUAUGGAUUUUAUUCAAAUUAAUUUAUUGGUAACAAUGUACAUUGAUGUUCCAAUUUUGACAAGGAAAAGAGUGUUGUCUUUAACAUAGCAGCAGGAUAUCCUGGAACAUACCCACUGAAAACACAUUCCCCUUUACAUGUGAUUAAAGGCCUGAAUACGAGGCCUAAUCUCAGGGCUUUUACAGAUUUAAAGAUGGGCUAACUCAGGUUUAGCUUUGAAAGAAUAAGUACGAAUCUCUCUCUCAGGUCUUUGGUUGACUUAUGGCUACUUCCAUUUGAACUUCGAAGUCGGAAUUACCUAGCUAAAAAUUUCUACUGGAUUGUCCUCUCAUUAGGUUGGAUUUCUGACAGGAACUUGGGGAAAGCUAACAGCUCUCAAAUAUAAUACCCAGGAUGGGAGGUCUGUGAAUAAAAAUGAUUGAACACUGGUGCAUUUACUUGGGUCACUUAUGUUCAUAAACAUUUAUUGACCAGUUUUUUUGUGCGAUGUAAGCUGAUGCAGUGCACUCUUAGCAUCACUUAAAAUGUUUACAUGGCUUGCAAAAGCCACUGAUUUUCAAGCUUCUUUGGUUUGAAGCGGGUACAGAUCAGAUGUUUUGUCUUCCAACUUUCAAGUCAAAUGGAAUGCGCCAUAAACCCUUCAACUUGAAACUGUGCCCUUGCCUGAAGAGCCAAAAUGGUCCCUAUAUCAGAGAGGUGUUGACUUGCUCUGGUUUAAACUGUGAAACCAAUAGUGGCAUCUUGGAGCCGUAAUAGAAUCAGUUGUUUUUUUUUAUCCACCACUUGUUUUGGUCCCCGUUAAUAUUUGAAACAGUAUAAUCCACUGGUCCAAUUCAAACAUACUUGUGAAUUUUUGCAGUUUGAUUAAAAAAUCAUUAGAACCAUUUUUACAUGUGUAAUUUCUCCACUGUCCUUUUACAGUAAUGUAAAAAUAGAAGUAGAGUCUUUGUUUUUAAAUGAAUCUGCUUCUGUGGUUAAAACACCUUGGUAUUUUGGAUCACUGUUUGAUGAUGUUACUAAGUUUAUUGUGUUAAACUGUAUAUGUGGGUAACAAUUAUAAAUUCAAUAAAGAUGACAAAGAAAUUGAUGAUAAAA